UCGGUUGAAAUUUGAAAUCUCACUGAGCGCUCAGUAAGUCAGUUAGUUUCAGUCAGUUUAGCGUUGAUGGAGUGAAAAUGACGGAGGAAUCCGCAGUAAAAGUGUGCGUUAGAGUCAGACCUCUUAUUAAAAGGGAGGAGUCUGAAAGCCCAGAGCCAGUGCAGCUCUACUGGAGAGCCGACAAACAGGCCAUCCAUCAGCUGGAUGAUGAUGGAGCUCAAACUAAGAGCUACAGCUUCGACCGUGUGUUCAGUGCUGAAGAGACCACUGCUCAGCUCUACCAGGACAUUGCAAAGCCACUGGUCGUGUCAGCAGUUGAAGGCUAUAACGGCACGAUAUUUGCCUACGGACAGACGUCUUCUGGAAAGACCUUCACCAUGAUGGGAAGUGAACAUAACCCUGGAGUGAUUCCUCUUGCCAUGGCUGAUGUCUUCAAAACUAUUAAAAAUUGUCCAAAGAAGGAGUUUCUCCUGCGUGUGAGCUACAUGGAAAUCUACAAUGAAACAGUCACAGAUUUGCUCUGCGAGAGCUGGAAAAGAAAACCUCUGGAAAUUCGUGAAGGGAACUACAAAAACGUGUACGUGGCUGAUCUGACGGAAGAGCUGGUGACGUCUCCGGAACAAGCCCUGUCCUGGAUCACCAAAGGAGAAAAAAACAGACAUUAUGGAAAAACAAAAAUGAACCAGCGUAGCAGCCGCUCUCACACCAUCUUCCGCAUGAUCUUGGAGAGUCGUGAGAGAAGUGACCCGGUGUCCAGUGAAAACGCUGAUGGAGCCAUCAUUGUGUCACACUUGAACUUGGUGGAUCUUGCUGGUGCUGAACGGGCGAGUCAAACAGGAGCUGAGGGAGCCCGCUUUAAAGAAGGGUGCAACAUAAACCGCAGUUUGUUCACUCUCGGUCAAGUCAUUAAGAAAUUAUCCGAUGAGAGUCAGAAGGGCUUCUUAAAUUACAGAGACAGUAAACUGACCCGGAUCCUUCAGAACUCUUUGGGUGGCAAUGCCAAAACUGUUAUUAUUUGCACCAUCACCCCAGCCACUGUCGACGAGACAGUCAGCACUUUACAGUUUGCUAGUGCUGCCAAGCGCAUGAAGAACGACCCUCACGUCACAGAGGUCUCUGAUGAAGGAGCUCUCUUGAGAAGAUACCGCAAUGAGAUUGUUGAUCUCAAACGACGUCUGCAAGAGGUUUCCUCUGUCACGCAAACAACUGCGACCGAGCGAGAAUCCCUGUGUCAGCUUCUGCAGGAGAAAGACCAGCUCCGGAGAGAGCAGGAGGACAGGAUUAAGAACCUAACCAAGCUACUAGUAACUGCCUCAAAUGUGGCCCUAGUCCCUAAAGUUCCAAAGAGGAGAGUGACGUGGGGUGGGAAGCUGCUGAGGUCUGCUCGUCUUCUGAAUGAUGAUCUCGGUGUGAGUGACAUGAGUUUCGCAGAGACGUACAUCAAGAAGAGAAGAGCUGACUGCUCUCUGCCCAAUGAGGGAGAGGAUGUGGAUGAGUUUGACAGCCGGUUUGAUUUCACUGCUCUGGAGGAACCCGACAUGGAAAUGAGCAGCAUCACUGUCCGCAGCUCCUCUGAAGGGAGUCAUUUCUUGGACUCGCCCCGAGCGAGCGAGCUGACGUUGAAGGUGGCGUCUCUAGAGCGUCAGCUGGAAGCAGAAACUCAGUGCAAACAGAGAGCAGAGGAGAUGAGCACUGAACUCCAGCUGAAGAUCUCUGAGUUGCAGAACAAGCUGGAGGCUCAAGCCACACCAUCAGAGGAGAAGACAAUCUCUCAGCUGGAGAAACAGAUGGAGGCAUUGCAGAGUCGAAUGGAGAAGGAGGUUCAGGAGAAACAGAAGGCUCAGGAGGAAACCUCCUCACUGGAACUGAAGGUGGCAGAGCUGGCGAAAACUUCAGAAGCCCUGCUGCACUCACAGCACACAUGUGAACAGCUAAAAAAAGAUCUGGAAGAGGCCAUUCAGUUCUGUGAGACCCUUGGAUUUGAGAAAGAUGCUGUUAUUGCCGAACGAGACCUGAUCAAAUACACGCUUCAACUGAUAACUGAAGAUCUGGAGAGUCUGAAGGCAGAGAAAGACUCUCUUCAGAAAGAUAAAGAUGCUCUGCAGAAGGACAUCGAUGAGAGAAAAGAUGCAGAUGAGUUUGAGAAACUAGAGCAGGAGAGCAAGAGAGAGUAUGAGAGAGAAUUGGAGGCUGAAAACUCCAAACUGCAGCACGAUUUACAACAUUCAGAAGACAAGAUCCAAAAGCUGAAGGCUGACCUGGCGAUGAUGUCAUCGGAGCUUCAGAAGAAGACAGACCUGACUACUGAGCUACGGAGUUUUAGUGACAAGGAUCUUGUCCAGGAAGUGACACGUCUACGGCGCUCUCUUGACGAUGCUGAGGGUCUCAGUUUGGAGACCAAGAAAGAAUGGGCCUUCCUGCGAACUGAGAACAUCUCCCUCAAAGAGAGAGAUGCAACCCUGACUACAGGCUAUGAGAAGAUGGAAGCUGAGGUGAAGAUGCUUCAGGACAAGCUGGAGCAGGAGAAGUCUCGCUUCAAGAAGAUGCAAACGGAUCUUCAGAAAGAACUAAUGGGUGCUUUCGAUGAGAAUACCAAACUAACUGCUCUUCUGGAUGGAAAAGUACCAAAAAAUCUGACAGAUAGUCUUGUGUUGGAGAAAACUGUCUGCGACUUGCGUAAGGAGCUUGAUCAGAGUCAUGAGAGGGAGCUAUGUUUGCAGAGUAAGAUGGAGCAGAUGGAAACGCUUCCUGUUAAAGUGGAUGAAUUGCAGAGACAGGUGUGUGGUAUGUCAGAAGAGCUGAGUUCUGUUAGAGAGGAGAGAGACACUUUGAUAUCCUCUCAGUCCAGUGUGAAUGAAGACCAUCAGAGACUGAAAGAUGAGACGUCUAAAGCUCAGGAUCAACUGCUGAAGAUGGAGAGUGAUCUGGUUGAUGCUCAGCUGAAGGAAGCAGAACUGAGCCAACAGCUCACAGAGACAUCAGAACGGCUUCAGAACAUCCAGACAGAUCUCCAGCACGUCACACAGGAGAACAGCACACUGCUCACAUCAUUAGAGGAGGCCACACAGAAGUCGGUGCAGUUGAGUGCAGAGCUGGAGUCUGUUCGUGGAGAGAAAGAUGUGCUUUUGUCUGAGAAGAUGGAGGAAGUUCAGAGAGACCCAGAUGAGAUGGAGAAGCUGCGGCACACUAUACGCUCAAUAACUGAAGAGCGAGAGCAGCUCCAGGAGAUUCUACAGGGCCUGAGAGAAGAGAGAGACCAGCUCAAGAGAGACCUUGAAGACACUAAUGGGAUGCUUAUGCAGGUUCAGCAGGAACACGGCGGCUCACAGACAGACACACAGCAUGAUGAACUCCUCCAGCAGAUGCAGCAGCUUGAACAGGAGCUGGACAGUGUGAAUGAGGAGAAGAACCAGUUAAAAUCUGAUCUACAGGAGAAUGUUGAAAUGAUGAUUGAAAAUCAAGAGGAGUUGAGAGGAGCUCUUGAGAAGGUGAAAGAUCUUCAGAACACCAUACGAGAGCUGGAGUCUCAGCAAAUGCUAAUGGAGUCCAAACUCCAGGACUCUGAAAACACAUCCCAACAACUGCAGGAGCUUCAGGUUCAGAUGAAGCAGCUGAGAGAGGAGUUUGAGAGUGUGUGCUGUGAACGAGAGCGUCUGCUGUCUGAACGCUCCAUGAAUACACGCAGUGAAACUGAGAUGAUGGAGCAGAUGAAGACCAGCAUCAGCUCUCUGAUGGAGGAGCGAGACCAACUCGAGCAGACACUGCAGGGCCUCAGAGUCAAGGUGGAUCAGCUGAGGAGAGAGCAGCAGGAGAGAGACCAGAUGAUGGUCCAGUUGAAGUCAGAGCUUCAGUCUGUUUGUGCCGAGAGAGACCGUGUGGCAUCUGAAAGAACCGGAGAGAUGGAGAAGAUGAGCUCCAGAAUGAGCUCUGUGACUGAGGAGCGAGAUCAGCUCCUGGAGACUCUACAGUGGCUUACAGAUGAGAACAAGCAGCUCAAGAGAGACCAGCAGCAACAGGACGAGACACUGGUGCAGGUGAGAGAGCAGUUCCAGUCUGCCUGCACUGAGAGAGACCUUCUGCUGUCUGAGAAGAACAAGAGCGAUCUGGAGAACAUGACGCUAGAGGAAGUCCAGACGAGCAUGGCUUCUGUCACUGAGGAGAGAGAGCAGCUUCUGGAGAUCCUGAAGGUCAACAGAGAGGAGAAGAAUCAGCUGAGGAGAGACCUGGAGGAGAAGGAAGAGACUUUGCUGCAGCUACAAGAAGAGAUUCAGUCGUCUUCUGCAGAGAAAGAACAGCUGCUUUCUGAGAGAACAAGAGAACAGCAGGAGAAAUUAGCAGAGAUGAAGGCGGCUAAAGCUAACAUUGCCUCUCUGACUCAAGAGAGAGACCAGCUGCUGGAGACACUGCAGGACAUGAGAAAUGAGAGAGAGCAGCUGAAGAGAGAUCAAUUAGAGAAGAGCGAGAUGAUGGUGCAGUUGAGACAGGAGCUGCAGUCCGCUUGUGCUGAGAGAGACCGUCUGAUGGCAGAGAGAGACACUGCAUGUAACCGAUCUGGCUCUUCCUCCAGUGUGAUGUCUCCGAGUGAGGGAGGAGACCUUCAGGAGAUCCUGCAGGGUGUUCGAGAGUUGAUUCAGGUCCAAGGAGAGCUCAAACAGAAGAAACAUCAGGUGGCUGAUCAUAUGAGUCCCACAGGGAAACAGAAAGCCCAACUUGAGCAGAUUCAAGCUCUCACUGAGGAGAUAGAGUCUCUGAGGAAUCAGAGGGUGGUGCUCAGGAAAGACCUUCAGGAGGCAACUGCGAUUUCUAAAAUGUAUGAGGAUUUACUGCACGUUACUAAGGAGGAGCUGAAGCAACAGCAGAAAGAGAACGCAGAACUGAUGGAGCAGAGUGCUGCGAAAGAGUCUCAUCUUCAGCAGCAGUUGAGUCAAAUAAGUGAAGAUCUCUCAGCUUUACGAGACCAGCACAACACAGAGAUCCAAAACCUCCAAUCAAAACUCACCUCACUUACAAAAGUGAGGGAUGAACUCCAGGACACGCUAAAGAGAACCAGAGAGGAGGGACAACAACUGAGACAGAAUCUUCAAAAGAGUGAGGAGACGAGAAACCAGUUGACUGAGGAGCUUGAGUCUCUCGCUGACAUGACGGAUCAGCUGGAGAAUAAGACGCAUGCUGAGCAGGUCCUUGAGUCUUUAAGAGAUGUCACGAAAGAGAGAGAUCAACUCAAACAAGAACUGGAAGGAAAGAUGGAGAAGCUGACACGCAUUGAAUCAAAAGCAGAGCAGCUGGAAAAGCAGAAGAUCCUCCUGGAAUCUGAAGUCCAUUCCCUCAGUCAGUCUCUCACUGAGGUGAACUGCAGUGUGUCUUCUGAUCAGAGUAACCUGCAGUCCAAACACAGAUCUGGAUAUCUGGUUCCUGAGAUUGAUGUGUCUGAUGAGAAGAUGCAGGCGGCCUUUGCGAAGCUCCAGCAGAUCAUCGACCGUCCCUCUAACGCUUUAACUGAUGUGAACCGUGAAGAAUGGGCUGUGAUCUUUCAGCUGGUGCCAUUCAUUCCAAAGGAUCAGAGAACGAUCCACGACAAACACACCAAGAAAACUACCAGACUGAACCACGUGCUGAUCAAGAUCGCGGAGGCAUACAGGAGACUGGCGCAGCGCUACAAGACACACUAUGAGACAGAGGUGCAGCGUGACGUGGCCUCGUUUGAGGAGUCUCGACUACAGGACCUGCUCAUGGCUCAGACUCCAUCACAGUCUUUCCGAUCACUCCAAGAUGACUUUCAGCAGCUCUGGGAUCAGAGACUGUCACGUCUGUUGGAAAGACGGCAGCAGUACUUGCAGAAACUGGAGGCUGCUCUAAAGGUUCUGGAGGACGGUUUAGCCAAUCAUGAAGUGAUGGUGUCAGAGGAGCAUCAGCACAGGACUCGUGCGCUGGAGGAGCUCAGAUCUCUACUCGGAUCUCCUCAGACCGCUGCUAUUGUACAGCUGCAUGAGCGACAAAUCGCUCGGCGUACCAGAGCGACAGAGCGUCUCAAUGCGUUUUAUUUUGCUCUGUUGAAUGAAUGUGACUCUGCGAUUUCCCCCCUCAAAUCGUCCUCUGCCGAGUCUGAGCUGCGCCUGAAGGAUCAGAGAAGAGAGACUUCAACUCUGCUUCAAGCUCAACGCGGCACCCUGCCCAAAACUGAGACUGAACUUCUGCAGGACAAUCAGUGUCUGUCACUGCAGCUGCAGCAAACCCAGAAACAGAUCGAGGAUAUUCAGGAGCAGAUGAAGGAACUGAAGGUCCAGGCUGAUGCCUCAAAUCUUCAGCUUCAGGAACUCGGUGGCCAGCUAAAAGAGAAGGAAGCCCUCAUCCAGAGCUUACAAGACAAACUUAAAGAGUCAGAGGUUCUGGCUAAGAGGAGCAUGACACCAGGAGCCGCUGAGCUUGCCGCCCUAAAAGACAAACUUGUCAAAAUGGAGCUGGAUCACAUUGCAGUCACAACAAGUCAUGAGAAGGAAAUUGCACAGAUGAGCUCCAUGUUGGAGCACAGAGCCGACGUAAUCCGCAAGCUGAAAGAGACCCUGAGGAAAAUGCAGCAGGACGAUGAAAAGUCAUGUAAGACAAUUUGA